UAACAAUUGUGACCUUUGAAACUGAAGCUAUUGGUACCCUUUUACUCUACUCAACAAAAAUGUGUUCCCUAACCCACAAUGACUUGAAAAGAAUUUUUGAGAAGCUGGACAAGAAUGGCGAUGGAUUAGUGAGCCUUGACGAGUUGAAUUGGCUUCUAGACAAGACAGGAGGCUCCAGCACUAGCCUCCAGGAGCUAGAAGAGCAUGUAGUUGGAAAGAAGAGCCUCAACUUGGAUGAGUUCUUGUUCUUCUACGACUCCAUGUUAAAGAUCAACGACAAUGGCGACGACAAGGGCGAGAUUGAGGAAGUCAAAAGCGAUCUUGCGAAGGCGUUUGAGGUGUUUGAUUUGAAUGGAGAUGGAUUCAUAAGUAGCCAAGAGCUUGAGUGUGUGUUGAAGAGGCUUGGCUUGUUGGAACAACAGAGUGGGAAUAAGGAUUGCAGAGCAAUGAUUUUAUCCUAUGAUACUAAUUUGGAUGGACAACUUGAUUUUGAGGAGUUUAAGAAUAUGAUGAUGCUUACCACUUCAUAAUAAUCAUUUUGAUUUUGGUAUUUGCUAUAUUAUUGAUACAUUCUUUAGAAAAAAAAAUAUUAUUUAUACAUUAAAAAUCAGUCUUCAAUA